AUGUCCGUAUACGAACAGCAUAAGCUUCUCGUAGCCAAUCGCGGAGAGAUCGCCGUCCGAAUUUUGAGCACAGCACGGAAGCUCGGGCUGCAGACGAUCUCUGUAUAUUCUCCAUCUGACGCGACAUCCCCGCAUGUCAACCUUGCUGACGAGGCCAUCCCUUUGGCCGAUUAUCGUCACGACAAACACGGAGUACCUGAAUCUCAGCUGUACCUCGACGCUCAGCUACUCCUCUCAAUAUGCAAGGAACUUGGAGUGACACUUGUGCAUCCUGGAUACGGGUUCCUGGCCGAAAACGCGGGAUUCAUACGUCUCUUUACGGAGUCAGGUAUCACGGUACUAGCCCCAAGCGCCGAUGUGGUCGACUUGAUGGGCGCGAAGCACGCUGCACGCGAGAUUGCUAGAAAGGUUGGCGUGCGGGUGAGUCCUGGUUCGGGUGACGAGACUUCUUCGAUAGAAACGGCCAACGUGAAUGGUUUGACUACGUCUCUCAAUGCUGCCGUAGACCUGGGCAAACGCGUCGGAUUCCCGAUUCUCCUCAAGGCAACCAAAGGCGGUGGUGGCAUGGGAAUGGUAGUUUGCCAUCAUGAACACGAAGUCCAAGAUAAAUGGGACCAGGCAAAAGAGAGAGCCCAGGCGCUAUUUGGGGACGACGGGCUAAUAGUUGAGAAGUACAUUCAACAAGGUAGACAUAUUGAAACUUGCCAGAUAUUUGGCGACGGUCAAGGCAACGUCGUACACUUAGGCGAACGCGAAUGUAGUGUCCAGCGGCGACACCAGAAAGUAAUCGAAGAAACACCUUCGCCAUUCUAUAAUGCCAUGAAUCCGGGUGCAAGAGACGCAAUUUGCCAGGCGGCUAUACGUAUAGGCAAAGAGCUGAAAUAUAGUUCGGCAGGCACAGUCGAAUUCCUCGUUGACGCCUCCACCGGCGAGUUUUGCUUCCUCGAAGUGAACACGCGUAUACAAGUCGAACAUGGCAUUACUGAGGCGGUGUAUCCUGGGUUGGAUAUUGUUCAGUUGAUGAUUGACCUGGGAAUCGCAGCGCAUUCAACUCGCACGGACACGGGUCUGCACGCCAUCGAAGUGCGCGUCUACGCAGAGAACCCUGCAGAAGGAUUUAGGCCGUGUCCUGGAGUGUUGCAACUCGUCGAUAUUCCUGACCGGAAGGAAGAAGGAUGGCUAAGAGUAGACAGUUGGAUAUCCACUGGUACAAUCAUUACGCCACACUUCGACCCCCUUCUCUGCAAGGUCAUUGUGACGGGAUCCUCUAGAGACGAGGCAAUUGCUCGCAUGAAGGCGGUUCUGACGGAGACACGAAUUUGCGGACCUCCGAACAACAUUGAGCAUCUACAGGUCUCUCUAGGCGAUCCCAUUUUCGCCAAGGGACGGGCCACGACGAGGUGGUUAGAGAGCCUGCCUUUCAUUCCAAGAGCCGUGACUGUAGUAUCUUCGGGGUUGGAUAUGACGGUGCAGGAUCUGCCGGGAAGAGUUAUGGGUCUCGGUUUGCCACGUUCAGGCCCCAUGGAUUAUAUAGCUUUUCAAGCUGCGAACCUCCUGGUUGGGAACAAGUCUUCGACCGAAGGCCUCGAGAUCAUCGUCAUGUCUGGCGUCCCGGCUGUUUUCCAUUUUCAUGUACCUACUAUCAUCGCGGUCACUGGCAAACCAGUCUUUCUCUCCAUCACUGCCGACGUAGAGGACUACGACAAAUUUGACGCGAAGUCGUCGUCAAAGGAGACAGUCGACAGGGCGAAUUACGAGGAUAGCAGGGGGUUCAGAGUCUACCUCGCCUUUCGGGGUGGCUUUCCCAAUAUCCCAGAGUAUUUGAAGUCCAAGUCGACGUCGAUGGGAUUGGGAGGUUACCAGGGAAGAUCACUCCUCCCUGGUGACCAGAUUGCUCUUGCUGAAUGUAGUCCCAAGCACGGAGAAGACGUGAACAUACGCAUUCCUGAUUCAACGAUCCCGACCUAUCCGCUUCAAGCCACCAUCCAUGUCCUCUCUGGUCCUCAAGAUGACCCAGAAUUCAUCACAGCUGAUGGAGUCGAGAAGUUCUACGCCACAAACUUCAGAGUCAGUCCCUCCAGCAAUCGGAUGGGAAUUCGCUUGGAACUCUCCAAUGACUCAGGCGACGGAAAGAUUGGUUGGGCCAGAGAGAAUGGGGGUGAAGGUGGAUCGCAUCCGAGCAACAUCUUGGACAAUGCGUAUGCGUUUGGGAGUAUCAAUAUCAAUGGCGAUACGCCAGUGAUUCUCGCAAAUGAAGGACCUGAUAUGGGGGGCUACGUGUGCGCUUGUACGAUUGCCGAAGCAGAUAUGUGGAAAUUGGGGCAGUUGGGUCCUGGGAACGAGAUCAGGUUCAGGCGGGUAUCUUGGGAUACGGCGUUGGGAUUGCGGCAUCGCAAUGAAUCUUGGCUUGACGGCGUGAAGGCGGCAAUAUCAAAGUCCGAAUCAGGCAGCAUCGACCUAUUCAAGGAAGAAACUGAGGGCGGGCUAGGCGGGCCAAAGUUGUUGGUCGCUGGCGACUCCGCGAUUUUGGUUGAUUUCGGGGAGAUGCGCCUCGACUUUAGCAUUCGCGCUCUUGUACACGCGUUCGAAUUGGAGGUUCGUGGAGCUCGAGUGGACGCUAUCAAGCGUCUUUGCCCUUGUAUACGUUCAACCAUGUGCCAUUAUGACCCCUUGCAAGUUUCACAAUCCACUGUGCUUGGUAUCCUCAGCAGCGCGCUGAGUAGGUUGCCUGACGCUGUGGAUGAAAUGGAGUUCCCAAGUCGAGAGAUCACAUUUCCGAUUGUGCCGGAUGAUCCCUGGUGUCAAGAGGCGAUAGACAAGUACGCGCGAACGACGAGGGAUAAAGCGGUAUAUGUACCGAGCAAUGUCGAAUACCUCGCCCGCAACAACGGUCUGGAUGGCAAGGAAGAUGCGCUGAGCAAAUUGAUUGACUCGGAAUGGCUUGUAGUUGGUAUUGGGUUCUACCUCGCUUGUCCAUUUUUGGUCCCGAUAGACCCACGAUGUAGACUUGUAGGCCAAAAGAUGAAUCCAUCGAGGACAUAUACUCCCCGAGGCGCCAUUGGAAUAGCCGGCGUCGUCGCAGCCAUAUAUCCGGUUGAGUCUCCUGGUGGAUACCAAUUGUACGGCCGCACGCUCCCUGCCUGGCAAACUUGGGGUCGCGGCCGUCAUUUCUCCCCAGAAGAGCCUUGGUUACUACGUCCUUUCGACAAGGUCAGAUUCAAAGUCGUCGACGUCGGGGCAUAUGCUGAGCUAGAGCAACAAUUCGACGCAGGACGCUACGAGUUUGAGGUUUCGCCUACCAUAUUUUCGAUGAGAGAGUAUGCUGCAUUUGUGCAGUCCAUCGCCCCUGAAAUCAAGUCAUUCAGAGACAGCCAAGAGGCCGCUGUUGCGAUAGAAGAGGAACGUGAGCGCGCACUCCUCAUGGAAUGGGAGGCAGAAAAAAGAGUUGCGAACAUACCGACUCAAGUCGAUAACCACGCGGGCACAGCCUUCGUUCGCUCGCCAAUCUUCGCGAACAUAUGGAAGAUAAAGGUUGAAAUUGGAGACACGAUCGUGUCGAAGACGCAGGCAGUUGUUAUCCUCGAGUCCAUGAAGUCGGAGAUCAAUGUAUACCCGGAGGAGAACGCGGUAGGCAGAAAAGUAGUUGGGUAUGGCGAUGGUAUUGGGCCCGGCGCAGCGGUAAGACCUGGUGAUAUCAUAGUCCACCUUGCAUGA